AUGGACAAGGAUGCGGAACAAGUGCUGCCAACUGAGUCGCUGCUGAAGGAAUCGCCUGAGGGAUGUGCAUUUCGAUUGGCCAGCGCUGCAGCCCUCAGCUUUUCCAUUGGUUCCAUAUAUGGAGCAUUGUACUCCAACUGGGGGGACAUACCCAAGGUAGUGGGUAAUCGAUUCGGACCAGCCCUCGCAAGGACAGGACAAGUGAUGCUGUCCCAUGGUUCCUUCUUUGCAGCCACUGGCAUCAUGUAUGCAGGCGGUGAGUGCAUGUCAGAAUGGAUUCGUGGCAAGAGCGACUACAAGAAUGGGAUGGUGGGUGGCUUGGCAGCAGGCAGCAUCGUCGGCCUGCGCACCCGGAGCAUCGCGCUCGGAGUGGGUGCCAGCGUGGCGAUGGCAUUCAUGUCAGCAGUUGUUGACUCCACAGGGCACAACAUCAAGGGUGACGGCCUGAAAAUCGACGAUGGGGCAAUACCCACCAAGCCAGUUUACUCCCAUGCCGUCCAGCGCUAG